GAAUCUCUAGCUUAUAGAACUCUCAGUAGCAAUUGCAAGCACUAUCAGACAUGUUCAGCCCAAUACGCUUGUGCCCUUUUGUGGUAUGAUACAAGACAUGUUUGGGAAUGAAUUCUAUGCUGGUGCUUACAAGGAUGGCUCGUUAUGGAGAACAAACAGGUAUAGGGAUGUUUCUCAGUUCCCUAUGGGUUCUUCACCUGAUAUGCUUAUCUGGGAACGCCACUUGCUACUCUAUCCAGGUUCCCGGAUUGAAUCCCGAUCGAUGGAAAAAGUGGUCCGCAAAGGUGCACGUGCACAGUUUUGUGCUAAUCACAAAGGUAUUUUCUGUCAUAAGAUAACCAAUGGCUCAUUUAAAGUGGUGGGGGUGGAGUCCCCUCCUUCCCUAGUCUUAUGAGCCUGAUAUAAAUUUUUUUGUUUGGUCAGAAGCCUGAUAUAAUUUGCUAGGCAUCUUAAUGAGCCUGAAAUGUUAGCACGAGCAACACACGCACGCACGUACCCGCGCAUCCAAUCUCAUCACCCAAGCAUACUAAAUGUAAAUGUAAAACAUAGUUAUGGUUCUUGCAAGAGGCAAUUUCCUAUCACGGUCAAAAUCCCAUCACAGUGAAUACGAGCAGGAGCCAGUCGCCAUCGUCAUCGACACAAAGAGAAAGGCAGAGAGAGUUCAAGAGGCAAUGAAGUCUCCUCAAUUUGUAGGGGAGAUAGAAGAAGACCAUCACCAUCACAGGAAUAUAGC